AUGCCCACACGAAACAACGCAAAGGAAUCAGCCCCGGUUCUGCAGAACCUCCAGAGCCCACCCCUUGCUCCCCCGCCCCUCUCGGCUCCUUUCUCCCCGCGGCGAUCCGAAGGCAGCUGGUGCGCAGGCGCGGGCCCUCCCCUCAGGGUAGGGGUGGGGCGCGGAGCCGGGCUCGAGCUGCUGCGCCUGCGCCGCCCCUCCGCCCGCCGGCCCCACGCCUUAGGGCUAGGGGAGGGGAGGGGAGGGCCGGGAGGGCGGGGGCGAGUCCGCGGGCGGACCAGGGGCGGGACCGGGAGCGCGCUGGGGCGGGUCCGGAGGCGGAGGCGGGGCCGGGGCCGGCCCAGGCCGGGGUCGAGCUUAAGGGGGACCUCGGGCUGGAGGCCGGCCCCGGACCAGACGGCCUGGGUGCGGGUGUGGCCCUGGCCGUGGGGCGGGGAGGCGGAGUCCUGGAUGUGGGAGGCGGGACCCACCUGCCGCCAUAGCCACUGGCCGCAGCUGACGCUAAGGCGGUGGAGCCUGGCAGUGUGGGGCCGGGGGCUACCGGCGGCGGCGCCCCGGACGCCCCGGCAGAACUGGUGGAGCGUGGAGCUCCGGCAACCGGCCUCGGCCCGGGCGAAGACCAAACCGUCGCCGAGCCCGCGGUCCUCGAUGGCCGACCCGGGCCCGGGCCAAGGCCACGCCCACCAGCGCCGCUCCGCUGCAGUGCGAGUGAAGGGCCGCCGCCUGUCCGCCUGGCAGCAGGCCCGGCCGCGGCCGAAGGCUAGCAACCGCGCCCCCGGGCUCGAGUCCAAGGCGUCGGGCUCCAGCUCGCAGUCUUCGUCCUCCAAGAUCCGGAAAUGCGUGGAGAUAAUGCACGAGAGGGUGUGGUAUAGCUGGGAGCCACUGAAGGUGCAGGGCUACAGCCUGCUGAAGCGCGAAGUCAAGCCCCCGGCGCAGCCAGCAGCCCCGCCACCCCCGCCCGCCUCUAAGAAGCAGGCCAGGGGCCCCGCAGGACGGGAGCCCCGCAAGGACGAGGGGAGCGAGCAACGACGAGAAGUCAGGGCACCAGCCCCUCAGGAGGCGGGGCCUACCUGGGCAGAAAGCGUGCAAACCGCGGGAACUGAAGGCGAGAAGACCCCAGUGGCAGAAGGCAAACAGACUCCGGGAGCAGAAGGGGAGCAGACCCCGGAGGCAGAGAGCGAGAAGACACCAGGGGAAGAAGGCGAACAGACUCCGGCAGCAGAAGGGGAGCAGACCCGGGGGACUGAGGGCGAGAAGACCCCGGGGGCAGAAGGCGAACACACUCCGAGGCCAGAAAGGGAGCAGACCCGGGGGACUGAGGGCGAGAAGACCCCGGGGGCAGAAGGCGAACAGACUCCGGGAGCAGAAGGGGAGCAGACCCGGGGGACUGAGGGCGAGAAGACCCCGGGGGCAGAAGACGAACAAACUCCGAGGACUGAAGGCGAGCAGAUCUCGGAAUCGGGGGCUGCCGGGGCAGAAGGCGAGCAGACCCCGGGAACUGAAGGCGAGCAGAGCUUGGAAGCGGGGGAUGCAGGGGCAGAGGACAAGCAGAUCCCAGGGGCAGAAGCCGAGCAGACCCCGGAGGCGGGGGCUGCCGGGGAAGAAGGCGAGAAGGCUCAGGACCAAGGCCAGGGCCAGUUGCUGGAGAGUGCUGAAGCUCCCAGUCAGGAAGAGAAAAGCGCUGAGGACCAGAAGAUCGAGAUGAUCGAGAAAAGGGCUGAGGAAGAAGUUCUAGAGGAAGGAGGGUUGAAAUGGAACGAAAAGAAUAAAUCGUUUUCUUCUGAGGGAGGUAACCUCUCCCAAGGGACCGCAGCUCAACACUCGGAACUAGAAUUUGAGGCCACCACAGAUAACCCAGCCACCACAGCCUUGGAAGUGAAGCAAGUCUAUAUGAACCAGAGAGAGUACGAGGAAGAAAGCCCUGUGAGGAGCGAUGCCCACGAAAUGGUGGCAGGGGAGCAGCUUAGUCAAGGGGCCGAGGAAAAGAAGCAAGCCCCCCAGGGCGCUGAUGGAGGAGGAGAGGUGGAGAAGGAGCCUGAGGGAGGAUAGAUGGCAAGAGACAGAAGAGAGAGAGCAGAUGAAGCAGCCAGGGUCAUGAAGGAAGGCACUGGGCCAGGAGGGGUGGGGGGAACUUGGACAGAAAUAUUGGGCUUGGUGGGGGCUUUGCAAGGGAGGAGGUGUGGGGCUCUGGGUCAUAUUCUCAGAAAGGACACAGAAAGGUGGGGUAGCAGUGCUGAUGGACAGUAUGGCCCAAAGUGGAGCCAGUCCUUGCCAGGGGGAUAAUGAGGAGUGGGGGAGCAGGGCUGCAGAAGGCAGCUUCCAGAUGGAAAUCCUGAAGAAUCAGAGUGGAGAAUGAAGAAACCUUGAAAAAGAUGCCAGACUGAGGUGCCCAGAGUCAAUGUGUGUGUAUUUAAAUAUACCUGAAGAAGAAAGACUGAAGAAUGAGGUGAUGAAAGAAAUGAAAGAUCACUGCCCUGCUGGGUAGGCAGCCCCAGGAUUCUGGGAUUCCCUGGCCCUGGAAAUGUCGAGCUUUGCUUUUCUGAUUGGUUUACCAACUGCCCAAUCCAGCAUCCUACAUCUUGUCCAAUGAGCUUUGGAGCCAUUGCAGCCAGGAAGGCCACAGGAGGGGAAAGGAGCCUCCAGCAGCCCUUCCAAGCUUUGUUUCAUGGGACUUGAAGGAGUCUGGCUGUAGGAUCUCACAUCAGGCACCAGGAUCUUGCUCACUUUUCUUAAAUUUAAGAAAAAAAGAAAAAGGAAGCGAGUGAAAGUUUCCCUAACCCAGAAGGAAAUGAUGGGAAGAGGCUCAGGUCUGUUCCAAGCCAAAGAGCCAGAUGGUGAGAAGUUAGCCCAAGCUUGAUGGCAGAAGAUCAUUUGUGACUCUGGCCCCCCAACUCUACACCACUCAUGCUCAAGUUGUCUCUGCCAGCCACCAUGCCCACCGACGUCACCUGAUGAAGACCCUCCUCCCCUGGCAGCCCUCUGGCCUGCCCAAGCCCCCCUGCUUCCUGGCUAUCGCCGGGCAGAUUCCUGGCUGUCAGCUGCUGCAGAUCUCCAGGGGACCCUGAGAGUGGCUCAGGAGAAAUUUCUUUGGCCUUUGGGGGAGUCAACAUAUGACCUGUUAGCGAUCCCGGCCACGGAAUCCAACCAGAAAGAACAGUUGGCUGAGCACGUUCCACUCCCCUUUAACACAGUCCAAGCCGGUUUAUCAGAUCUCAGGCAGCAGUUAAGCAGGAAGUCAAAGCUGGGAGCUUUCAAGCUGCCCUUCUGAAGCCUGGAAAACCAGAGGGUCACGGGGAGGCUGGGCCUCGUUUGAAGGGGCCCAUACAUGCGCAUCGUUUAAGGAAGAUUCAGAAAGGAAAGAAACGCCAUCCUGAGAUGAGAGGAGCCCUGGCCAAGCCACCUCCGGCCUCCCCUGCAUCCUUCCGAAAGUGGACCUGAGUGUCUGUCUGCAAAGGCCUUCCCGGCUGUUGGCCUGCCCAGAGAGUCAGUCCUUAGGGCCCCUUUCACCUCGGCAGGGCCCCGGGCCGGCACUAGCAAUCCUGGCUGAGCAAGGGUCAAGAGUCAGCCGCUGGUUAAUUGCGUCCUCCACCCUUGCAGCGGAGGAGCCCUUCCUCGCUGGCUGGGGGGGGGGGGGUCGGCCUGCUCCCCCAACACCCGCCAGCUUCUAAAGCUGGAGAUGGCCCCCAAAGAACGGGACUCGGGGCCCCCCAGAGCCAGCGGGAUAAACAGGCAGACACCCGUCUGGGACAGGAGAUCAAACACACAGGCCACUCCUGCUGGAAGGAUGCGGCGUGGGUUACUCACUCAGGAGGAGGGUGAUGCCACUUGGGGCAGCUUCCAAAAAUAAACCAGCAGCCUCGCUUCCCCCCAA